GGGGCCUCCCCCCGGGGCCGGCUGCCAAGAUGGUGAUGUCCCAGGGCACCUACACCUUCCUCACCUGCUUCGCGGGCUUCUGGCUCAUCUGGGGCCUCAUCGUGCUGCUGUGCUGCUUCUGCAGCUACCUGCGGCGGCGGGUGAAGCGGCAGCAGGAGGAGCGGCUGCGGGAGCAGAGCCUGCGCGCGCUGGAGAUGGAGCCGCUGCACUACGAGGGUUACGGGGGCAGCCCCCCCGGCAUCGCCAUUCCCCACCGCCUCCGCCUCGAGCCCCACCAUCACCAUCACCACCCCCACCACAUCCCACCCCCCCGGCCCUGGAGCUGCCGGCACGGUAAGGAGCAGGGAGGGGCUCUCGCAUCCCCGGAGCACGUGCCUCCCCCUGGUUUGGGGGGGAUACGACGCGAGAGCCGGGGCGCAGCGCUGACGGCAGCAGGGGUCCGGGGGGGGCUUUGCCUUGCAGAGUCAGACCUGUCAAAGCCGCCGUGCUAUGAGGAGGCGCUGCUGAUGGCGGAGCCCCCCCCGCCAUACAGCGAGGUGCUGAUGGACACGCGGGGGCUCUACCGCAAAAUCAACGCCCCUUUCCUGAGCCAUGAGCGGCUGGAGAAGCAGGAGCAGCCUCCCAGCUACAAACCCCUUUUCCUGGACGCCGGCUACGGUUCAGCGCUGCACCUGCCCCGCUCAGCCAGCCCCGGCCCUGCCUGCCCGGACCUCUACCUGCAGCAGGAGUGCUCCCCACGCAUGUUUCCCAGCUGGACGGACUCGGAGCUCAGCAGCAGGGACACCUACGAGACGGGACCCUGGCACCUCCCGGUCUCCAUGCCCCUCUUCGGCAGGACUACCGCUGUCUAAGGCGGCCGCGGGGGACGCCCGGACCUUGCCAUGCACCUGGGGGGGUGGGGGGCUUUCGGUUGCUCGUGUCACCCCAGGGACACCCGCCCCGGCGCGGGCCAUCGCCGCCGGCGCGGAAGGGGCUGGUUCCCCGUCUGGCCCCCGCCGGCCCCCCCAUGGCCGGGGGCGCUGGGGACCCGGACUCUGCUCUGUUUCUUAAAUUUUUUGUUUGUUACAGUUUGAGAAUAAAAGUUUGUGGCUCG